UAUGUUUUCCAAGUCACGGAUGUCCAGUCCAUCUCCUCUCAUUUCAUCCAGAAUUUCAACUCUCUCUCUUCUCUCUCUCUCUCUUCUCCCCAGUGCAUACAAACAUGGCCAUGGCGGUUUCAGACACCUCCACAGCUAACAGAUACAGGAGAGCAAGAAACCCGAAACAGAACCAACCCAGUGCUGACACAGAUCCAAAUCCCGAAGCCGUCCACUCCACGCGCUCCAAAUCCACCAUUUCCGCCAUUCUUCUUGCCCCAUUUUCCCCCACCAGCCCCACCCAUGACCCCCCCUCCACCCUCACCCCCAAAAAGAAGAACUUUACCACAUUCAGGGGACUGGGCUGCGCCGCGCCGCCGCAGGUGUCGGUUCCGGCGGUGAUUAGGACCUCCGCCGACUGGGAUUCCAAGAAAGUGAGGAAGAAAAAGCUGCGGAGCAAGAAGAGCAAGCCCAUCAUCAAUUGUGCGGUUCCGGUUAUUAACACUAACAACAAUGGCGGCUCUUCUGCUCUGUCGUCGAGCUGUGUGGCUGUCCCUGAUGUUUGGUGCGCUCCUGGAAUUGGGCUCACCACUGACGCCGCCUCUGUUGAUUGUGUUGUUUCAAGAAGGCCCGUCACGGGGAGAGGGAGAGUUGAUAGCGAUAGACUUCCUUCAAGAGAGAGAUCUGGAUAUACUGUUAGGAGAAUGGUGAUCCCAGAGGACAAUCCAUUUCUUGAAAUUGACUCGGACUUGGAAUUGCCCAGGUCUCGUGUGGAUCAUUUCGUGUCCCGCCAUCACCGCCAUUCUAGAUAUGGUUUUCCUGAAGGACUUGCUGAGAUUGUAAUGCUGCAAAAUAGUUUGAUGGGAGGAAGAUUGGAUGGGCUUGAUCGAUACCGGGAUUUGAGACUUGAUGUUGAUAGCAUGUCAUACGAGGAAUUGUUGGAACUCGGAGAUAGAAUCGGACAUGUGAACACCGGACUGAGAGAAGACGAGAUAGCACGCUGUGUCCAGAAAACCGAGCUGCCUUUUUUAACCAAUCGGCGGUCACACGUGCCAACGGAAAUGGAAAAGAAAUGCAGCGUAUGCCAGGAGGAAUACGAAGCUAAUGACGAGAUGGGGAGGCUCGAAUGUGGACACUUGUACCACAUCGACUGCAUAAAGGAGUGGCUCCUACAGAAAAACGCCUGCCCGAUUUGUAAAUCUGCAGUGCGAUCUCACACCAACGUCUAAUAUGGAUCCCUUUCUAGAUUUGUUAAUCUGUACAGCUUUUAUUCCAGUUGCAAGCGAUGUUAAUUAAUUUUUGAUAUAUCAUCUUGAUUCCUGGAUGCUUGAUGGCAACAAUGGCCUUUUCUAUUUUAAUUUUAUUAUUUUAUUUUAUUUUAUUCUCAUUGCAGUUUGCUCAUAUUGUCUAGAACAAAUUACCAUUGUUCUUGGGUUGCUGUUCUUCUGUAUAACCAUAUUUUUGUAU